AUGGCUGCCCUCUGCAGGGGCAGACACCGGUGGAAAAGGACAAAUUGUUUGCAUGUUUUGACAAGAAACCUGACAGGAAAGUACGACUAUGACCUGGUGGUUGUUGGAGGUGGUUCAGGAGGUCUUGCCUGUUCCAAAGAAGCAGCACAGUUGGGACAGAAGGUUGCUGUCCUAGAUUAUGUGGAGCCAUCGGCUAAAGGUACCAAGUGGGGUCUUGGUGGUACGUGUGUUAAUGUUGGCUGCAUUCCUAAGAAGCUCAUGCACCAGGCUGCUCUACUUGGCACUGCGGUCAAAGAUGCUAAGAAGUUUGGCUGGCAGAUCUCAGGGCCAAUCAGUCAUGACUGGGACACCAUGGCAGAGGCUAUUCAAAACCACGUCAGGUCUCUGAACUGGGGUCACAGAGUUCAGCUCCAGGACAAGAAGGUGAAGUAUCUGAACAUCAAAGGAAGUCUGGUGGAUGAACACACUGUCAAAGGACUAACUAAAGCAGGGAAAGAGACGGUCCUGACUGCCAAGAACAUUGUGAUCGCCACAGGUGGACGGCCCAAUUACCCCAUAAAUAUCCCAGGAGCAAUGGAGCAUGGCCUCACCAGUGACGACAUCUUCUGGCUGCAAAAGUCGCCUGGGAAAACGCUUGUGGUUGGAGCCAGCUAUGUGGCUCUGGAGUGUGCAGGCUUCCUCACUGGCAUUGGCUUGGACACCACAGUCAUGGUCCGCAGCAUCGCCCUCCGGGGGUUUGAUCAGCAAAUGGCAGGUCUAGUCACAGACUACAUGGAAGCAUAUGGGACCAAGUUUUCAUGGAAGUGUGUCCCAAAGAGUGUGGACAAGCUUUCUUCAGGAGCCUUGCAGGUGACCUGGACCGACACCAACACAGGCAACGAACACAAGGACACCUACGACUCUGUGUUAUGGGCAGUUGGCAGAGCCCCUGAAACCAAAGCACUGGGCCUGGACAAGCUUGGCGUGCAACUCAAAAAGGAGACGGGGAAAAUAAUUGUGGGUGCUGACGAAUCCACCUCGGUGCCAAAUAUCUAUGCUUUUGGUGACAUCGGCGAGGGUCGUCCUGAAUUGACCCCAACGGCCAUUAAAGCGGGAAAGCUUCUCGCCCGUAGAUUGACUGGGCACAGCACUGAGCUCAUGAACUACGACAACGUGCCCACCACUGUGUUCACCCCCCUUGAGUACGGCUGUGUGGGUCUGUCUGAGGAGGAGGCUGAGAAGAGGCACGGGAAAGACAGCAUCGAGGUCUAUCAUGCUUUCUACAAGCCUCUGGAAUUCACUGUCGCAGAGCGCGAUGCCAGCCAGUGUUACUUAAAGGUGAUAUGUGAAAGGGCUGGAGAGCAGAAGAUCCUGGGUUUGCACUUCACCGGUCCAAACGCUGGAGAAGUCACGCAGGGCUUUGCUAUGGGCUUCCAGUGUGGCGCAACAUAUUCCCACCUGUUGCAGACAGUGGGCAUCCACCCAACCUGUGCCGAGGAGGUGACCAAGGUCAACAUCACGAAGCGGUCCGGCUUGGACCCCAUGGUAACCGGCUGCUGAGGUUAAGCACCUCGGUCUCUGAACACUAGUGAGCACACAGGGUCCUUCCUUGGUAGUAGAAAGAAGUUAGCCUGGGUUUCUCCCGCUCUCUCUCUCUCUUUGUCCCUCUCCUUUAUAUAUACUGUAGCUCCCAAAGGGUCCCUCUCUGGGAACAGGGUCUCUUCAUCGGCCAGUCAUGCAGAACAUGCCUGUCUGCCCAGGCUAGUGUCACUUACAGAUCAUGUUAUAACCAAGACUAUGUUUAUACCAUGUACGUGCAUGUUGUGAGUGUAUCCUCUAAAGGCACAGUCCUGGCCGCAGCGCAAGCGUCUUUUAAAUAAACAGGCUCAUCAAUCAGGAUUAAGGCCUCUGCCCAGGGUUUUGUUGAAAUCGUACGAGAACCGUGGACCGAACCCUUGCGUUUUUCUGAAUAUAUAUAUAUAUAUAUAUAUAUAUAUAUAUAUAUAUAUAUAUAUAUAUAUACUGCAAAUAUUGUUGUUUCUCUGGCUGUACUUCCUGUCCAUUAGUCUUGGAGGUGACACAUACCAUACACCCCCACAAACACCCCUCCUCCCCCAUGACACUGAUGGAUGGCCCCAGGGCCGUCGCCGCAACACCGCCCCAUUUCCCAUGGACACACACAAACAGUCGGCGGGCCGCUUGUCAGUCAGGCAGCUAUAAGACCUGGCCAGGGAGCCUCGGCUUGUUUAGGCCCCAGCAGACCCCAGACCCCUUCCUGUUCCUCCAUGCCGUUCUCCAACCAAAUGCAUGACAUGACAGAGUGGGACUGCAAACGUUUGCUGUCACAAGCUGUGUGGAUGCCACAGGGCGGCUCUACCUGUUGAUAACAGUGCUUUGAGAGCUUUACUAUAACUGUACUACUCAUCGUAACCCAAAGGUGGCACUAUUGCCCUCCAAUUCACCCGUAUUUUCUGAGCCAAGAAUGGAAGACAGGAUAAAGUAGUCCUUGCAUAAAACAUAAGCCUGAAUACAUUCAGGUUGCACAUUUAAUCCCUUUAAUCCCUUUAAAAGAUAUGUGCUCUUGGAUGACUUUUUGAAACCAGACUAUCUUUAUUGGUGCCAAACUGAUAAGGGUUAUCUGUUGUGUAUUUACAUUUAUGGCAGGUUAGGCCUAAAGAGCCAUCACACUUGAAGAUAAGGCAAGUUGUUUAUAUCAAUAAAGCAGUAAUAGCCCCCCCACACAGUUUGCCAAAGUGCUCAAGUGUUCAACCUGCUGGCUGAACUCGACAUCUUGGGUUUAUUAUGUGGAGG